AUGGCUUCGAAACAACCCGAACGACGGCUCAUCCACAAGGAUCGCUUUGGCUAUGUAUUCGGCUCUUUGAAGACACAGAGUUACCAGGACCCUGCGGCGCGAGGUCCUGGAUCGCACACCAUUCGAACACUUGCCUGGAAUCCGACUGGACAACUUAUAGCUACCGGCUCGGCUAACCGGACGUUACGUAUAUGGAAUCCUGAACGCGCGAAUGCAAGAUACUCGACUGAAUUGCGCGGGCAUUCGGCAGGGAUUGAGAAGGUGAUUUUCAAUCCGGUGCGUGAUGCAGAGCUUGCUAGUUGUUCAAGCGAUGGGACUGUGCGGUUCUGGGAUGUGCGAUCCAAGACUUGUGAUGAUACUCUGGUACCUGUUUCAGUCGAGAGCCCUUCGACACCAGCCGUCGCCAUCAAUGGAUCCGGAGCCGCGGAGCAGAAGGCAUCUACGUAUUCGAUAUUACAGUCCCACCCACAGAACACGCAAACGAACGCGACCACAUUCUCAUACCACAUACCUACCCAAUCCUCGCCGGACCUAGACCUGAUGGCCACCACAGGCGACGGAACAGUCAAAAUAUUCUCCUACCCGUCUUUCACCCUACAACACACACUAAAUGCACACAGCUCUGCCUGCUUAGCUCUUGCUCUCGCGCCUACGGGUCGCUAUCUAGCUGUUGGCGGAAGUGACGCGUUGAUAUCGCUAUGGGAUACUACAGACUGGGUCUGCCGCCGAACAGUGUCCAGUGAAGGCGGCGGGACUAUACGCGGUGUCAGUUGGAGUUUUGAUGGGCGGUUUCUCUGCGGGUCAAGCGAGGAGGUUGGACCGAACGGUCUCGAGGUUUUCCACGCUGAAACUGGGGAUAGCGUUCACAAGAUACCGGCGAGCGCUGGCGUGCCUGCUGUAGCAUGGCAUCCAUCUCGAUACUGGCUGGCGUACUCGACAAUGGCCGAGGGAAGUAAUGCCGGUGGGUUGAAGAUUGUUGGUGCUGCUGGAGGGGGGUUGUAA